AGGCGCCGCUCCGGAGGCCGCUGCCCGCGUGCCGCGAGGUGCCCCCGCUGGUGUUGCCAACCCCCUCGGACGGGCCGCCGCCGAGGCUGCGGGGCUCAGGGACCGCGCUGGCGCCCUGGCCCUGCGGCAGGGCGGCCAUGGACGAGGACGAGGACUGAGCCUUGCGUCUUCGCGCUGGAGGCCAUCGGCGGAGGGCUGGCGGACGAGGCGGGCGGGGAGCUCACUGGCGACGCGGGGUUCCAGCACGAGCUGGGCGCCAUCUACAGCUACAGCGACGGGGACUGCGUCGGCAAGGGCUCGGACGUCGGCGACCGCGUGACCUCGAGCUUCGUCUCGGCGGGGCACCGCAGCAGCACAAGCAGCGUGCUGCCCCCCAGCCUUGGCGCAAGCCCGGUGCUGCUGUCCGCGAUCGAGCGGCUCGCCGGCACACCCGAGCUCCCGCGCGGCAGGGCGGGGCCAGGGCCCUGAGCGCGACCCGCUCGGCGGGCGCAGUCGGCGCGGUAGCCAGCGCAGCCGGCGCGAGGCCAGGCGAGACCUCUCGGUGGGGCCGAGCGGUUCCGGCGGUUCCAGCGGUUCCAGCGUGCUGAGGUCCGUACGGUUUUAGCGGCUCCAGCUCUGGUUCCAGCGGCUCCGUCCGUGUUCCGUUUUUGUCUUCGCCCUGUGCAGCCACCCCCCGCUCCAGCGGUUACCCUCCUGCUUUGCUGCGCGGUCGAGAAAAG